UAUCUUCAGUCGUACAUUCUAUUUCUUGUGAUACAAGAAUAAGCAUUUCUUUAAAACGUCUACAAAUCUCCUCACUUCAUCUCGUUUCUUUAGCCAGUUCUCAUUCAUCCAACCAUUGGAUUCAGUCCCACUCCUACUUGCACACUCGCGCUUUCCCUGCAGCCAUCAUAAUGACACAACGACUCCUCAACAAAAUCGCCAUAAUAACAGGCUCGUCCUCCGGCCUAGGACGUGCAAUCUCACUUCACUACGCCCGUGAAGGCGCAACAGUGGUCUGCUCUGAUCUCUCUCCGUCAGCACGAUCUCUCGUUCCUUCGGAAUCAGAAGUUGAUACGCAUCAAUUGAUUGAAAAGCUGGGCGGGAAAUCGAUUUUCGUCAAGACGGAUGUUAGUAAAGCACGGGAUAUGGAGAAUCUGGUUGAAAGUGCUGUGAAGGAGUUUGGGGGUUUGGAUAUAAUGGUAAACAAUGCAGGCAUCUCGUUAGAAGCCAAGAUCCCGGGUCCGGUUCACACAGCUACCGAAGAAAAAUGGGAUGCUGUUAUGGCUGUGAACACAAAGUCGGUCUUUCUGGGAAGUAAGUAUGCGACGAAACAGAUGAUUGGACAAGAUUUGAAAGAUGGAGAGAGGGGUGUCAUUGUGAAUAUUUCGAGUAUUAUGGGUAUUAUUGCUGGGACCAAUCAACCCUGUUAUUCGGCAAGCAAAGGGGCAGUGAGUAACCUCACUCGUCAAGUUGCGUUGGAUUACGCAAAGUACAAGAUUCGAGUCAACGCAAUUUGUCCCGGAUACACACAGACAGCAAUGUUCGCCGAAACAACGACGUAUAAAAGCACAGUGGAUGAGUUGAUGGCGCUGCAUCCAUUGAAUGGACUUGGUGUUCCAGAUGACAUUGCAAAAAUGGCGGUCGUGCUUGCGAGCGCGGAUGCAGGGUGGGUCACUGGUGCUUGUAUUCCUGUUGAUGGCGGAUAUACUGCUCAGUAAGGGAGGGUUUUGAAGGGGUGGCAGAGAUCACGUGAAUGAGAGUGUGUUGAUGUAUCAUGAGUCCCGAG